GGGGGUGGAGUUGCCCUUGGAGGCGGCACCGGGCCUUGGCCCCGAGGCCCGCCGCGCCCUAUCGGGCCCGAGCCGAGUGGCCCCGCGGAGCCGGCGCGCUCCCGCCUGCAGGGGGAGGGCGGACGGGGCGCGGGGACCGGCCAGGCCGCGGCGGGCGCUGUUUCUCUUUCACUUUCCUUUGCUCUGAGGCUGGCGCACUGGCGGGCGAGGAGCGGCGUCCGUGGCGGCCGCUGGAUAUGGGAAAGCAGAACCACCAAAAGGAGUGAUGAUCAGCGAGCUCAUGAUAAAUCUGGAUGUUAGUUCUCAUGCCUCAGGACAUCCUCUUAGGAACACCACACCAGCUCCUGGGAUCAGACUUGCAUCUACUUAGUACCCUUCUUUGCCUGAACUACUAAAGCCAAUCUUAGCUAACCACGAAUGGCUACCCAAAGGAAACACUUGGUGAAAGAUUUCAAUCCUUACAUUACCUGCUAUAUCUGUAAAGGGUAUCUGAUCAAGCCAACGACAGUGACGGAAUGCCUCCAUACCUUCUGUAAAACUUGUAUUGUCCAGCACUUUGAAGAUAGCAAUGAUUGUCCAAGGUGUGGCAACCAAGUUCAUGAGACAAAUCCACUAGAAAUGUUAAGGUUGGAUAAUACUCUAGAGGAAAUUAUAUUUAAGCUGGUCCCUGGACUACGAGAACAAGAACUUGAGCGCGAAUCUGAAUUUUGGAAGAAAAAUAAGCCUCAAGAAAAUGGACAAGAUGAUACUUCAAAAGUUGAUAAACCUAAAGUAGAUGAAGAAGGUGAUGAAAAUCAAGAUGAUAAAGACUAUCACAGAAGUGACCCACAGAUUGCCAUCUGUCUAGAUUGUUUACGAAAUAAUGGGCAAUCAGGGGACAACGUAGUAAAGGGUUUAAUGAAGAAAUUCAUUCGAUGUUCUACACGUGUAACUGUGGGAACUAUUAAAAAAUUUCUAAGUUUAAAACUAAAACUUCCAAGUUCUUAUGAGUUGGAUGUGCUGUGCAAUGGUGAAAUUAUGGGGAAGGACCAUACUAUGGAAUUCAUCUACAUGACAAGAUGGCGACUAAGAGGCGAAAACUUUCGGUGUCUGAACUGCUCAGCCUCGCAAGUCUGCUCUCAGGAUGGCCCUUUGUAUCAGUCGUACCCUAUGGUAUUGCAGUAUCGACCAAGAAUUGAUUUCGGUUAGACCAAGGGGCACAAAUCUCUGAGAUGAAUCCUGCACUGUUUACUCGUCGACAGAUUGCACAGUUAAUGGUGUGUGGACUAGAGGGACACAACCAGAUUUUCAGCAUGCAAAUAAGGCCAUUGUCUAUCUCUAAAUUGUCAAUUACAUUUAUGUUGUUUCUAUUAAGAGCAAACCAAGUGCCAUUCUGCUACUGAACCGUCUGCAUAGGGUAUUUGUGCUGUCUCACAGUGUGCAAGUCCUGGCUGAACUCAGUUAGGUGUGCAGCCAUUGAUUCAGCCUUCUGAAUAUUUUGCUUGCCUGUUCCAAGAUUGUCCUAAUGUUUAAUUACACUAGUUAAAAUGGCUCAAUCUUUGUGGUGUUGCAGUUUUCACAUACUUAGUAUUUUAUUAAUUCUUGUUUAAAUAGAGUACUGUACAAGAAAAUAUUAAUUAUCUUGAAAUUGUUUUAUAUGGAAAUAUAUUUAGAAAAGUGGUUUUUGAGCCACUUUCCUGUUCUUGGUAAGCUUUUUGUGUAAAAAAUAGUUAAUUCUUGAGUGUGCAAGUCCGUUUGCAAAGAAUUUCAAUUAUUUAACAUUAGAGCACAUCAUAAGUGUAGACAUUCUAAGCAUCUGUCAGUGUAGUCUACUAAUUGCACAAGGAAGGCAUGUUAGCCCUCCAGAUUGAAAAUGUAUGUGACUUUUUGGAGAACUGAAGUUAGAUUCACAACCAUUCGAAAUGUUGGCAGCUGAUCACAUUUACUCCUAAUAAAAUUAAUGUGUAAGUAAGGUUAAUCUUCUUUCAUAAUGCCUUAUGACAAGUGGGUGCUGCUUCAUGAAACUUCAUUGUAUAGCCCAUUUUAUGUAUGUAUCAUUACAUUGUUGCUCUCAUUUAAUGAGUGCAUUGUUUCUCUUUUUAAGUUGGCCUUAGGUAUAUGUUAUUGUGGCAUGCAGAAGGUUAUGAUUUUAAAUAUUAGGAUUUUUAGAGCAUAUAACAUUAGCUAUUUUAUGGAUUUCAAAAGUCUCAAAACAGUUAUAGAUUAAAACUGUUAGUUAUCUUUUACAUUUCCAAACCAUAUGCAUAAAAUAGAAUAAAUGCAGUGUAGAAGAUAAACAUGUUAACCAAAAUUAAUGGUUUAAGGGUAUUUUAUUUUAGAUCCUGUAGUAAUCAGGAGGAAAUGGGAUUAACAUUUUAUACAUGAGUUCAUUAAGGUCAGAGCUAUGAUAAUGUCUUGUGUUUUUCAGUUUUAAGUCUUCCAUUCAUUUUGGGGUUAGUCUGCAAGUCAAAGAAAGUCUUGUUACCUUAAAUUAUAUUAAAAACUUCAUUUAAAAUCUUUUAAAAUUUACAGUUUUCAAAAAAUUUCUUUAGAAAUUAUUUUAUUAAUUGCUUUGAAACAAAUUAAUCUCUGAAACUUAGGAAAAAUAUUUGUUUUAGAAAUCUAACAUGAGCACAAUCUGUGUGUUACGCACUUAGUUUUUAUACUGUAUAUGUGGUAAAUGUGCUACAUUUUCCAGCAAAAUGUAUCACAGAUUAAUGCCUUCUGAAUUUCAAAAUGCUUCUCAGAAAUAAAACAUUGUACAACUCUAAGAAACAUACAAAAUACAGCUAAAUCUUAAUAUAUUUCACAGUAUGAAGCUGAAACUUCAUAACUAUCUUUUCCUUACAUCUUUUUUUCAAGUCAAAAAGUCUAUUAAAAUUUUCAAUUGUCCUGACUUUUGUCAAAAAGGUUAUGGCAAUACUUUCUUAACUUCAUUUUGUUAGAUUGUGUUUGUUCUUAGGAGGACUCACAAGCAAAAUCUAAAAGGCAGAUUUUUGUUAACUCUUUAUAAAUGGUUGGAAAAGACCAUUACACUCAACCAAAAACUGGAUUUGGAUCUGGCUACAGAAAUUAUUUUGCUAUGCUGUGAAACCCAGUUCCCAGACAUCCUUGAGAACUUUUAAAAAUUAUAAACUUGUCACCUAUAGGUCAGUGAUUAAUAUAGUGUUUUGUAUAUGGAAGUUAAUUUUAAUUAAUCAAUUUAGAGUGCAUUUUUAAAAACCACAAAUGAGACUUGGAUGUUUUGGCUCCACAGCUGAAACUUAUGGCCAUAAAUGAAUUUUAUCUACAAAAUCUCUUUAGAUUUGGCUCAUUGCCUGAUCAUAUGAAAUUUCACUAUUUUCCAAGGAAAUAUAUAGGGAAUAAUUAUGGAACUGAGACUAGUUUUAUAUAAAAUUGUUUAUUUACUGUUAAUGUAUUAACAUUUUUAUUGAAAUGCAAUGGAAUAUGUGCCAAAACAUGUGAAAACCUUCUGUAAAGAAAGGCAUCAAUUAUCAUUUGGGGAAAGGCACACAUUUUUUGAUGAUCCUGAGUAAUAGAUAUUAUCACUACUAGAACCACACACUUCUUCAACCAACUUCUUUUGGUAUAUUCAACUAUGACUUUCUAAGUAUGGGACUCCUUUCAUGUCUAGUUAUACACUAUAGCUCCGUUAAUUGCCCCCUAAGUCAGGCUGUAGAAUUUGCAAGAAACCAGGUACAGUAGCUUUUGUGGUUAGCUUUAUAAAUUUAGAGUGCUUAUAAAACAAACUAUAUAAAUAACCUAUAGGGAUAAUCAUCUGAAUUCGUAAAAGCAGAGAAUAAAAAUCUAAAUGUUUUUCUUUAACCUGUUUCUUAAGCAAUAAACUGAAAGAACUUUAUUUCCAUAAAAGGUUUUGUUUUCUGUUUUAUCUGCCUUAGAAAUCAUAGACAAAAAAGGGUCCAGGAACCUUGGAUAUAAAGAAUAUCUGUGGUUUAUAAAUAUUACUUUAAUUGAAGUAAUCAUAUCAGUUAAUGGAGAAAUCAAAAUAUACCCUUUUCUCUAGAUUAACAAGAUACUUCUAAGUAUGAAAACUAAACUAAAAUGCUCAUUGAUGAGGUAAUAUUCAGUCUGGGUUGUGGGUAACUUGGGUGAUGUCUUCUAACGACUUUUACAAAAGCAUAUUUCUUUAUUCAUUGAUAUUUCUUUAUUCAAUCUAUCCCAUACUAAUGUGCCACAUUUUAUAAAUGUAAUGACUUUGCUCAACUAUAUUAUAUACUCAAAUGUAAUCUAAAUUUAAACUGAUUCUUUAAGAAAAAAUGUGUUAUAUAAUAUUGUGAACUGUUUAGCUUUAUUGAAAUAUUUAAGAGAAAGUGCCUCAUUGCUAAAGUGCAUUUCUGUUUUAGAUCUACUGCAUAAAGUUUGAGUUAUCUGUACCUGUCUCUUAUGAAUGGUUUCGUAUCUAAAUAGGCUCUUGUAAAUUAGAGUAACCUUUUUUUUUGAAGGAUUUACAUAAGAAUAUAGAUAUCACCAAAGACAUUUUACUGUUAAUUAAUAACAUGUUGGAGAGACAGUUUUAACAGUUGGAGGUUAGAAAUGUUUAGAUUGCAAUUUAAUUUUAUACAGUUAGGCAAUAACCUUGAUUAAUUUCGAAAACAUCACCAAAGAAAGGCUUUAAACUGAAUUUUCUUGGUGAGAUCAGUCAAAUACAGAUUUUUCUUGCAAUAAUCAGAGCACACUUUCUUUCGAAUAUGUUCAUUGUUUUUCAGCACCAUCUGACAGAUCUUAGGAAAUCCUAAAAAGUAAGGAAAAGGUAAACAUAACAAAUAGCCUUCCUGUGGAUGAAAAGUGAGAGAAAUUCAGAUUUUGAAAGAAAAUUGAGAUUUUUAAAUUUCAAUUUGAGAAGCGUUUUAUUGCAUGGAGGCAGUGUAAACUAAAAUUAAACUUAUUUAGCUCCUGGGUUCUUUGUAAUAUGAGAAAUUUUAUUAAAGACAGACCUUGAUAAAUGUACUGACGUGCUUACUUGUGUAGAAAAGAGUACAUUCUAUUGGACUUGUGUAAGUAAGUGUUUUUUCUAUAUUCAGAAACAAAAUUUUGAUGAGGGCCUCUGGUCCCCCCCCCAGCCUAAAAAGUAACUGUCUUCUCAGCAAUUGGUUUAUUGUUAUUAGAAUUUAGCCAUACAACCAAAUUUGGUGAAAUGGGGUCACAGAACAAGUUUGUACAUCAAAAUGAAGUUCAGUACCCUCCUUAUACCAUUUCUUCUUGGGAAUGCAUGCUGUGGGCCACCUUAAAACUCAUAUUUAAAGUCUUUCUGACAGGUCACUAGGUAAAUCUCCUUGGGUAGGAUAAAAAUGAGUGCACGCUCCAUUUAUUACAUGCUCUGUCUAGUUUUUCAUAAGGAAUUUUCCAACAAGCUAAGCUUUAUACCAGUAAGAUGUUGGUUGUAGGAACUUCAAAAAUGAGUUUGCCAAAACUUUAAUUUCUGGAUUAGAAACACAAAAACUUGAAAUAUUGUUUUAAGAUAUAUAUUCCUAUAGUUUGGGGAACAAUAAGGAACAUGUCUGCUAAAUCUGAUUUAUGAAAAAUCGAAAAAUAUUAAAUACACUAGAGACUUAGAAACCCUUUCAAGGCACAAAAUAACCAGGUGUUUCUGGACCUACUUGAUAAACCUAGGUCAGUAAUAUUUUGAGGAAAACAUCAGAUUGAAGGGUUAUUAAAAUGUACUUAAAUAUACAAGGUUUCAUAGUUUUGUUUUUCUUGCAGUGGUGUUUUUCCAAUAAUUUCAAAGUGAUUCUCUUUCAAGUUUAAUAGUUAUCACAGAUGUGUUUACUUGCUGUCAUAUUUUCAAAUAAGAAUUAAAAUGCUUGAGCACUUCCUUUUCAGAAAGUAAUAAAAUUAAAAAUUUAUUUUAGAUGUUCAUUCAAAUGUGUCUAUAUCCUCGUUAUGCCCCUUUUUCUAUGACUCAAAACUGAUUUUUCAGAAAUGCUUUUUAAUUUUAAUUACUUUUAAUCUGGAAUCAGGUGAAACAUAUAUGUCAAAUACUGGGUUUAGUUUUCUUCCAUCUUAUAGAGCUUCAUGCAGUAAGAAACCAACACAGUGUAAAUGAAGAUUAAAUGUUUCUGGGUAAUGGAGAGAUACUAAGCAGGUUUACGUAUCCAUACAGUCCACUGGCGCAGGAGUUCUACACAUUAAACAUGUAAUGGGAUCAGCCCAACAUUGUUUGGGGUCAGUUUCCUUUUGCUGUAAUUUUUAGAAAGGGGGUGGGGGCCCAAGUGUCCUUAUGCAGCUGUGGUCCACGACGAGAGCUUGGGGGGAGUACCAGUGUUCUGCUGCUUUCCUGCAUCUGAGCAACACAACAGAGAGCAUCCGUUUUCAGUAGAGUAGCCCUCACAGUAAAUAAAAUCAUAGAAUAUAUUUGUAAAGUUAUGUUGCUAAUUUUCCUUUGAAAUAUAAAAUAUUUUAAGCUUUUUGUCAAAAGUGGUAACAUCUUAAUACAAAUAAAAACCUUUUUGUGGUUGUAAGAUUUAGCUUAUAAAUCAUUCAAAUUGAAGUGAAAGAAUUACCAGGUCAUUGUUAAUGACUUAGACUAUUAAGAAUAUAUGUAUUUUUGUAAAGGAAAAGCACUUGUAGAUAUUUAAUCAGUACAAGAUACGUCUUUUGCAGAAAUGCUGCUUAGAGAUUCUCUUUAAAUAUUUUUUAUUUUUGUGCUCAAAUGUAUUUUCUGUUGAUCUAUGGAAUGUUCUGUACAAAGCUGUAUGAUUGUACUGUUGGGCUAGAUACUUUUUUUUAAAAUCUGGACUUAGCCAAGUAUAUUUGACCAUGUUAAAAAUAUAGUUAUCUUUGUUAUUAAAAAUUUGAUUGCAUAAUU